AUGGGGAGCGCCUACCACUGGGAAGCUCGGCGACGGCAGAUGGCUUUGGAACGGAGGAAGAAACUGAUAGAGCAGCAACGAGAGCAGGAAAUAAAAAACCUGGAAGAGAAGAAACAGCAUUUUGAGAAAACAUGUAUGCCACAUCAGGAUUCAAAAGGGCUACCACCUGCACGGCCACAGCCACAGCCGCCACAGCCACAGCCACUGCCACCGCCACCGCCACCGCCAACACCUGGGCCAAAGUCACAAAAGGAGCAAGACACUUCCAUUCAGAUCACCUGCAAAGGUAGCCUCCAGAACGACACCCAAAGGCAAAGACCCCAGACUAGACCAGCAGGGACCCAACAAGAUGGUCAGAAAUCCUGUAGUGGGCGUGGACCUCCAAUCCUUCCGGGUUACGGUCUGAGGAACGAAAGCCAGUGUAGCUCUUCUAAAUAUUCCCGAUUCACGUCGACUAAUUACAUCCAGCAGUGGUGA